AAAAAUCAGCAUCACUUUAUUCUGGAGAAACAGCUGAAGAGAGAUCUCUGUGAGGUUGCUCUGCAGGGUUUGUAUCUCAGAUUAGUUUGAGAUCUUCAGAAGAAAUCUGAAACAAUGAGGUAUCUAAUCUCAUUGUGUGUGCCACUACUGUUGCUGGUUAAUGGUGAAACAACCAAUGGGUCAACGUCAGUUCCUUUCUCCACUCUGAGCGCUGACCCCUGCUACGACUAUACCAGUCUGGACAAUACUUGGAGAGCCAUUGACUUUUCAUAUAAUCAGUAUGCAUCAUGUGAUUAUAAUGUGAACUGGUAUGGCUGGUACAGGCUUUUCCUUAACGGACAGGAUGCUCACAUGCCAGAGUCAUGUGUUAGCAAUGGCAUGUGUGGAUCUUAUUAUCCAAUGUGGCUGAAUGGUCGUCACCCACAGAUUGAAGAUGGAGUGGUCAGCCGGGACGUUUGUAGUCCCACCUUGUAUGACUGCUGUGGUUACAGCUCUUAUUCCAUAAAUGUCAAAGCUUGUCCUGGAAAUUAUUAUGUUUAUGAGUUUGUCAGUCCAUCGUUCUGUGGAACAUAUUGUGCAGAUGUUUUAGGUCUUAACCCUUCAUCAGAGCCCACAACAGUGCCACAAACACCACAAAUCUUCACAGACAAUUUCCUCAUUGAUCCCUGUGAUAGCUACACCGUGUUGGAUGAGCCAUGGAGAGCCACCAGCCAUAGAUAUGCUGCCAAUUUAAUGUGUGACGCUUCUGUCAGCUGGUCCGGCUGGUAUCGUCUCUUCAUUCGUGGUCAGAGCGUUCAGAUGCCAGACACGUGUGUUGAUGAAUUAAGCUGUGGUACUCAUGCACCUAUGUGGUUGAACGGACCACACCCAACAGUUGAGGAUGGCGUGGUCACUCGAGAAGUUUGUAAUCACUGGAACAACAACUGCUGUUAUUUCUCAUUCAAUACUAUUAGAGUAAAAGCCUGCCCAGGAAAUUAUUAUGUCUAUGAGUUUGUCAGCCCAAAUUUCUGCUAUGGGGCAUAUUGUGCAGAGGACAGGAACAUCAUCAUUCCUACUGUCAGUCCAACAACAACUGACUCUCUCAUCGCUGACCCCUGCUAUACGUAUACAUCGCUUGAUGACCCUUGGAGAGCCAGUGGACAAUAUAACUAUCAGUACAUGUGUGAUUCCCUUGUCAACUGGUCCGGCUGGUAUCGUCUUUUUAUCAACAGUCAGAGUGCUCAGAUGCCAGAAACAUGUGUUGAUGUGUUCAGCUGUGGCACUUUUGCUCCACUUUGGCUAAAUGGUCCUCAUCCAAGAGUCGAGGAUGGUGUGGUAAGCCGACACGUCUGCGGUAACUGGGAAAACGAGUGCUGCCAUUUUGAAUUCUAUCCUAUGAAAGUAAAGGCCUGCCCAGGCGAUUAUUAUGUCUAUGAGUUUGUCAGCCCAACUUACUGCUAUACAGCAUAUUGUGCAGUUCUCAGGGACAGUAACUAUACACUUGGCACCCCACAGAUCUCAACAACUGCACCUACAACUCCUAUUCCCGAUCCAUGCUAUAAUUACAACACUCUUGAUGACUCCUGGAGAGACAUCACUCAAUACCAAAACCCAAGCUAUGGACAAAAUGACUACCUUGUUGACUGGAGUGGGUGGUAUCGAAUGUUUUUGAACAGACAAAGUGCUCAGAUGUCCGAGUGGUGUGUGACCUACACCUCGGGAUGUGGAGGCGAUACUGGACUUUAUCUCAGUGGUUCUCAUCCACGACUUGAAGAUGGAGAGGUGACGCUUGAAGUCUUAGGAACAUAUAUGUGGUACCCUAACAUGUGUGGCCAAUAUAGAUCCAAUCCCAUUCAAGUCAAAGCUUGUCCUGGAGAUUAUUAUGUCUAUAAACUUGUCAAACCUGAUGUGUUAAUCCCUCGGCCGGCAUACUGUGCAGUUGCUUUCAACAGCAUUAGCAAUGAUCCUUGUUACAACUAUGAAUCUCUGGAUCGUCCCUGGAGAGCCUCAAAUGAAAUUGGAUUGGCAAUUUGUGACGAGUCUUUCUCCUGGAAUGGCUGGUACAGACUUUACAACAAUGGAAUGAACAUUCGGAUGCAAGAGAACUGUGUUAGUGCAUACAGCUGUAAUACUCAAGUUAGUCUGUGGCUUAAUGGUCCUCACCCUCAGAUAGAGGAUGGAGUGGUGACACGAGAGGUCUGUGGAGAUGUAGGGAAUGGCUGUUGUAGUUACAAGUCAACGCCCAUCAGAGUCAAAGCCUGCUCAGGAGAUUAUUAUGUCUAUGAAAUUGCAAAGCCACACAGAUUUUGCUCAGGAUAUUGUACAGAUCCAAACACAGUAUCCCCGACGGUUUCCCCAACUCCAACAGGUGCCUUUACAGGAUCUUUGACUACAGUUAACACGGAUUACGACGCCUGCUAUAAUUACAACAUUCUCGACCACUACUGGAGAAGCGCACUCAAUAUCUGGCAACUGUAUGGACAGAUAUCUGGAAAUGAUGACACAGUUGUUGAAUGGGAUGGGUGGUAUCGACUCCUCCUUAAUGGAUCCAAUGCUCAGAUGCCUGAAUGGUGUGCAACUUUAAUGUCAUGUGGAGGUUUCAGUUCUCUGUGGCUUGGUGGUCCUCAUCCUCAGCUAGAAGAUGGAGUUGUUACUUGUGAAGUCUACGGUACUCAAAAUGACCAGUGUAGUUACUACAGAUCCAACCCAAUCCAAGUCAAAGCUUGUCCUGAAAAUUAUUACGUCUACAAGUUUGUAAAGCCAAGGCAGUCAAUUCCAUUGCCUGUAUACUGUGCAGUUCCUUCUAACACUCAGAAUUACGACCCAUGCUAUGACUAUACAAGUCUGGAUGACCCUUGGAGAUCGACCAGCUUUUCUGAUGUCAAUGGAAAUUGUGAUUAUAAUGUGAACUGGAAUGGCUGGUACAGGCUUUUUGUCAAUGGACAGAAUGCUCACAUGCCAGAGUCAUGUGUUAGCAGUGGCAUGUGUGGAUCUAAUAACCCCUUGUGGCUCAAUGGUCCUCACCCACAGCCGGAAGAUGGAGUGGUCAGGCGGGAAGUCUGUGGUUCCACAUGGAAUGAUUGCUGUGGAUACAAAUCUGUUCCCAUACAAGUCAAAGCUUGUCCAGGAAAUUAUUAUGUUUAUGAGUUUGUCAAGCCCCUCUAUUGUGCACGUUAUUGUGCAGAUGACCCAAGCUUUCACAUGACAUCUACAACAACGUUGACAACAGUUCCCAUCAUUGCAGUUCCUUCCUUAGAGCCCUGCAACAACUACAGUGUGUUGGAUGAACCAUGGAGAGCCACCAGCAAUCACGUCAACUAUUCUGAUAUGGCCAAUGUAAGGUGUGACACUUUUGUCAGCUGGUACGGCUGGUAUCGUCUCUUCAUUCAUGGUCAGAGCGUUCAGAUGCCAGACACAUGUGUUGAUGAAUUAAGCUGUGGUACUCAUGCACCUCUGUGGUUGAACGGACCACACCCAAGAGUUGAGGAUGGCGUGGUCACUCGAGAAGUCUGCAAUCACUGGAACAACAACUGCUGUUAUUUCUCAACCAAUACUAUUAGAGUGAAAGCCUGCCCAGGAAAUUAUUAUGUCUAUGAGUUUGUCAGACCAACUUUUUGCUAUGGGGCAUAUUGUGCAGAUGAUAGCACCAUUGAGACAACUGUCACCCCAUCCACCAUCCCAACUGCACCUACAACUCCCAUUCCUGAUCCAUGCUAUAAUUAUAACACUCUUGAUGACUCCUGGAGAGACAUCACUCAAUACCAAAACCCAAGCUAUGGACAAAAUGACUACCUUGUUGACUGGAGUGGGUGGUAUCGAAUGUUUUUGAACGGACAAAGUGCCCAGAUGUCCGAGUGGUGUGUGACCUACACCUCGGGAUGUGGAGGUGAUACUGGACUUUAUCUCAGUGGUUCUCAUCCACGACUUGAAGAUGGAGAGGUGACGCUUGAAGUCUUGGGAACAUAUAUGUGGUACCCUUACAUGUGUGGCCAAUAUAGAUCCAAUCCCAUUCAAGUCAAAGCUUGUCCUGGAGAUUAUUAUGUCUAUAAACUUGUCAAACCUGAUGUGUUAAUCCCUCGGCCCGCAUACUGUGCAGUUGCUUUCAACAGCAUUAGCAAUGAUCCUUGUUACAACUAUAAAUCGUUGGACCGUCCCUGGAGAGCCUCAAAUGAAAGUGGAUUGGCAAUUUGUGAUGAGUCUUUCUCCUGGAAUGGCUGGUACAGACUUUACAACAAUGGGAUGAACAUUCGGAUGCAAGAGAACUGUGUUAGUGCAUACAGCUGUAAUACUCAAGUUAGUCUGUGGCUUAAUGGUCCUCACCCUCAGAUAGAGGAUGGAGUGGUGACACGAGAGGUCUGUGGAGAUGUAGGGAAUGGCUGUUGUAGUUACAAGUCAACGCCCAUCAGAGUCAAAGCCUGCCCAGGAGAUUAUUAUGUCUAUGAAAUUGCAAAGCCACAGAGAUUUUGCUCAGGAUAUUGUACAGAUCCAAACACAGUAUCCCCGACGGUUUCCCCAACUCCACCAGGUGCCUUUACAGGAUCUCUGACUACAGUUAACACGGAUAACGACCCCUGCUAUAACUACAACAUUCUCGACAACUACUGGAGAAGCGCACUCAAUAUCUGGCAACUGUAUGGACAGAUAUCAGGAAAUGAUGACACAGUUGUUGAAUGGAACGGCUGGUAUCGACUCCUUCUUAAUGGAUCCAAUGCUCAGAUGCCUGAAUGGUGCGCAACUUUAAUGUCAUGUGGAGGUUUCAGUUCUUUGUGGCUUGGUGGUCCUCAUCCUCAGCUAGAAGAUGGAGUUGUUACUCGUGAAGUCUAUGGUACUCAAAAUGACCAGUGUAGUUACUACAGAUCCAACCCAAUCCAAGUUAAAGCUUGUCCUGAAAAUUAUUACGUCUACAAGUUUGUAAAGCCAAGGCAGUCAAUCCCAUUGCCUGUAUACUGUGCAGUUCCUUCCAACACUGAGAAUUAUGACCCAUGCUAUGACUAUACCAGUCUGGAUGACCCUUGGAGAGCGACCAGCUUCUCUAAUGUCAAUGGAAAUUGUGAUUAUAGUGUGAACUGGAAUGGCUGGUACAGGCUUUCCAUCAAUGGACAAAAUGCUCACAUGCCAGAGUCAUGUGUUAGCAGUGGCAUGUGUGGAUCUAAUAACCCCUUGUGGCUCAAUGGUCCUCACCCACAGCUGGAAGAUGGAGUGGUCAGGCGGGAAGUCUGUGGUUCCACAUGGAAUGAUUGCUGUGGAUACAAAUCUGUUCCCAUACAAGUCAAAGCUUGUCCAGGAAAUUAUUAUGUUUAUGAGUUUGUCAAGCCCCUGUAUUGUGCAAGUUAUUGCGCAGAUGACCCAAGCUUUCACAGGACAACUACAACAACAUUGCCAACAGUUCCCAUCACUGUUCCUUCCUUAGACCCCUGCAACAACUACAAUGUUUUGGAUGAGCCAUGGAGAGCCACCAGCAAUUACGUCAACUAUUUUGAUAUGGCCAAUGUAAGGUGUGACACUUAUGUCAGCUGGUCCGGCUGGUAUCGUCUCUUCAUUCAUGGUCAGAGCGUUCAGAUGCCAGACAAGUGUAUUGAAAUCCUAAGCUGUGGUACUCAUGCACCCCUGUGGCUGAAUGGUAAACAUCCAACAGUUGAGGAUGGUGUGGUCUCUCGAGAAGUCUGCAAUCACUGGAACAAUGACUGCUGUUAUUUCUCAACCAAUACUAUUAGAGUGAAAGCCUGCCCAGGAAAUUAUUAUGUCUAUGAGUUUGUCAGCCCAACUUUCUGCUAUGGGGCAUAUUGUGCAGAUGAUAGCACCAUUGAGACAACUGUCAUCCCACCCACCAUCCCAACUGUGACAUCCAGUGACCCAUGCUCUAAUUAUAAUAUGCUUGAUGACUAUUGGAGAGACAUACACCAAACCCAAUCCAAUAACUUGGGAAAUGAUGACCGGCUGGUUGAAUGGAAUGGCUGGUAUCGUCUGUUUAUAAAUGGACAAAGUGCUCAGAUGUCUGAGGUGUGUACAACUUACACAGGAUGUGGAGGUGAUACUGGACUUUAUCUCAGUGAUUCUCAUCCACGAAUCGAGGAUGGAGAGGUGACGCUUGAAGCCUUGGGAACUUUUAUCUGGUACUUUUACAUGUGCGGCGCCUACAGAACACAUCCCAUUCAAGUCAAAGCUUGCCCUGGAGAUUAUUAUGUCUAUAAAUUUGGCAAACCUGAUAUGUCAAUCCCUCGACCCUCAUACUGUGCAGUGGCAUUCAACAGCAUAAGCAAUGAUCCUUGUUACAACUACGAACCUCUGGAUCGUCCCUGGAGAGCCUCAAAUGAAGCAGGAUUGUACAUUUGUGAUGGGACUUUCUCCUGGAAUGGCUGGUACAGACUUUACCACAAUGGGAUGAACAUCAGAAUGGCAGAGAACUGUGUCGGUUAUGGGGGCUGUAACACACAAUACAGUCUGUGGCUCAAUGGUCCUCACCCUCACAUUGAGGAUGGAGUGGUGACCCGAGAGGUCUGUGGGAGCUUAUGGGGAGACUGCUGCUUACAUACAUUUAUACCCAUCAGAGUCAAAGCUUGCCCAGGAGAUUACUAUGUCUAUGAAUUGCCACAGCCACAUCAAGACUACUGUACAGGAUAUUGCACAGAUAUCAACACUAUAUCUGAGGUAGUUUCCCCUACAACUCCAACUUCAAUUAAUGGAUCUAUCACAACAUUGAGUUCCAAUGAGACAGAUUAUGAUCCGUGCUAUAACUACAACAUUGUAGACGACUAUUGGAGAAGUGCACUUAUGUAUUCAUAUGGAAAUAUACUUGGACACGAUGACACGCGUGUUGAAUGGGACGGCUGGUAUCGACUCUUUCUUAAUGGAUCCAAUGCUCAGAUACCUGAGUGGUGUGCAGGAUACAUGUCAUGUGGAGGUUUCAGUUCUCUGUGGCUUGGUGGUCCUCACCCUCAGCUAGAAGAUGGAGUUGUUACCCGUGAAGUUUUUGGCAGUCGGUAUGAGCAGUGUGGUUACUACAGAUCCAACCCGAUCCAAGUCAAAGCUUGUCCUGAAAAUUAUUAUGUCUACAAACUCAGAAAGCCAUAUCUAUCGAUACCUGUCCCUUCAUAUUGUGCAGUUUCUAUCUCGACUCCGAGCAUUGACCCCUGCUACAACUACACAGGUCUGGAUGAGCCUUGGAGAGCCACCAACAAUCCUUAUUAUAAUAAUUACUUUGGUGUAAUGUGCGAUUAUAAUGUGAACUGGAAUGGAUGGUACAGACUUUUCAUCAAUGGCCAGAAUACUCAGAUGCCAGAGUCAUGUGUAAAUUAUGGCAUGUGUGGCACUUAUUACCCACUUUGGCUCAAUGGUCCUCACCCUCAGGUGGAAGAUGGAGUGGUCACUCGACAAGUGUGUGGUUCCUCACCAUAUGACUGCUGUGCUUACAACUCUUAUCCCAUACAAGUCAAAGCAUGUCCAGGAAAUUACUAUGUUUAUCAGUUUGUCAGUCCGCUGAGUUGCUCAGCAUAUUGUGCAGACGCUACAAACUUCACCCAGACAACAACACCUACAACAACAACAACCACCACAACAACAACAACAACUGUGAGAGAUCCCUGCUUUGAACUCAACUGUACUGUGGAUGAGUGGUGUGGAGAACAGAAUGGUGUUUACGGCUGUUUCUGUAAAGGAGAUCACCCCACAUCUAACCCUGACAAUUUCGAUGUCUAUGAGACUUGUGAAAGCAGCUCUGGGUUCGUGUCUUUGUCUCGCUGUCAGCUCUUUGAAGCUGGUUUUCCAACUGAUCUCUUACACCUGAAUGACCCCAGCUGUAAAGGAACUGUCCAGAAUGGCAGACUUGAGUUCAGUUUUGAUAACAAAGAACACAUCUGUGGUACAAGUCUUGUGGCCAAUGGCACUCACUUCAUCUAUGAGAAUUUUAUCACGGGACAGCCAGGCCCAUCUGAAGGUGUCAUCAGCAGAGAGAGAGGUCUGAAGUUGUCUUUCAGCUGUAUCUACCACCAAACCCAAACAGUCUCCAUGGACAUCAACCCUCUGGAGAGCCGAAUACACAGAACAUUUCAAGGUGAAGGGACGUACCAGGUCAGGAUGGUUCCUUAUCUGGACCCUGAAUUCUCAGUUCCCUUCAAUGGAAGUGUGGGUGUGCUGGUGAAUGAGGAGGUUUUUGUUGAAGUUGGUGUUUAUGGAGUUGACAGUGAUCAGUUUGCCUCAGUGAUUGACGGAUGUUGGGCUACACCUGUGAAUGAUCCUCUGUCAUCUCUCCGUUGGGAUCUCAUCACUGAAGAGUGUCCCAAUCCACAUGACAACACAGUGAAACUUCUGCAGAACGGCCUCUCUACAUCCAGCCGUUUCUCCUUCAGGAUGUUCGUCUUUACUGCAGACUCCAAUAAGGUUUACUUGCACUGUAAAGUUCACCUUUGUCUCCGGACCAACAAUGACUGCUCAGCUCACUGUUACCCUGGACAUCACAUGAGAGGGCGUAGAUCUGUUAACUUCCAUGACACGUCUUCAAUAUCUAUGGGUCCACUGGUCUGGUCUGAAGGGAACUCGGAUAUUGUGGCUCCAGAACAAAUGAAAAGAUCUCAGGCCUCAGGUCUGUGCGGCUCAAUGAUGUUACUGCUGCUUUUGUUUCUGAAUGCCUUCAUCCUCUUCUAGAAGAAUCUGACUGAUUUAGAAAAUGUGUGUGUACACAUUUGGUAAUGCUCAUAUUUUAUCUGUUGUCUUUUUAUUGAUUUUCAAUGAGACCUUAAUGAUAAUGUUAAUGGGUGAUAGCGGGUACUGUAUGAUUGCAAUAGGAUUGCAUUUGUUUUUUAUUGAUGAUUAUUGUUUUUAAAUUUCUUUUCAAGUCAGUGUAAAAAUAAAUAGUUUCCUGGUAUUAUGUA